CCGCCACUCAGCUGGAGCAGACGUCAUCAUUCAGUCUUAGCAGGGAAGCUAACGCUGAUGCAGAUCACUUCCGCCAGUGUAAAAAUGUAGCUGUUUCUGCGGUUCUUACGUUAUAUUCCUUUCAGCCAGCGGUCUAAAGAACUGAUGGCUCUUUUAGUGGAAGUAUCGUUUAUAGAACCCGACCAGUGCGGUGCCAGCUUGGUUACUAGCUAACACAAUAGCAAGACUGUCAGGGGCCGUGUCUUUAUGAAGGCUACCGUUGCUAAUUAAAACAACGGCUAUCUUACUACAGCAGGCAUAAGAACUGUAACAGGGGGUUAGUCAGCCGAGAAAUGUCAAGAGAUGAUUUGCAAUAAGAACUCACCAAGAAGAGCGAAAUGAGGACGAGUAGAAGUGAUCGCUCGUCGUCGCCGAUGAAUGGAAGGCAAGACUGGGAAACCAAACGGAAACGGAAAAUUGCAGACAUCACCCAGGCCCUGAGUGUGGAUCCAGUGGACAUAGCAACGCUGAGGAGGAUGGCAAUCAGCGAGGGGGGACUGCUGACUGAUGAGAUUCGCUGUCAGGUUUGGCCCUGGCUCCUCAACAUCCCCCCUCACCUUUUGGAUCAAGAACCUGAAAAAGUAGAACGGGAAAACAAUAAAGAUUACAACCAGGUCUUGCUGGAUGUUCAGCGUUCUCUACGAAGGUUUCCACCUGGUAUGCCAGAUGAGCAGAGAGAGGGUCUUCAGGAAGAACUAAUUGACAUAAUCCUGAGAGUUCUGCAACGUAAUCCCCAGCUGCACUAUUACCAGGGAUACCAUGACAUUGUUGUCACCUUUUUGUUAGUCGUGGGGGAGCGCCUGGCAACUGUUCUAGUGGAAAAACUCUCCACACAUCACCUCAGGGACUUCAUGGACCCCACCAUGGACAACACAAAACACAUUCUUAACUAUCUGAUGCCUAUUAUUGAAAGGGUCAACCCUGAGGUGCAGGACUUCAUGCAGCAGGCUGAAGUGGGCACAGUCUUUGCUCUCAGCUGGCUGAUAACCUGGUUUGGCCAUGUGCUCUCUGAUUUCCGUCAUGUUGUACGGUUGUAUGACUUUUUCCUGGCCUGCCAUCCACUGAUGCCAAUCUAUUUUGCGGCUGUGAUUGUGCUGCACAGGGAGGAGGAGGUGUUGGACUGUGAAUGUGAUAUGGCAAUGGUCCAUCACCUGCUGUCUCAGAUUCCCCAGGAUCUGCCAUACGAGACACUGAUAAGCCGAGCUGGAGACCUCUUUGUCCAGUUUCCUCCCUCUGAACUGGCCAGAGAGGCAGCUGCACAUGAAAGCAUGGCGACUUCUACCUUUAAGGACUUUGAGCUUGCAUCUACUCAGCAACGGCCGGACACAGUUCUCCGUCGCAGACGCAGACAAAAGCAGGGUUCUCCAGAGAGCUCGACAGCGAGCCCUGUCAUGACUGUGGCACAGCCUUCAACUGCCCGACGCUUCGUCAGAUUGGCAGUCAUGGGUCUGACUGUGGCUUUAGGGGCAGCAGCUCUUGCUGUGGUUAACACAGCUCUGGAGUGGGCCCCCAAGCUGGACUUGUUUCCUUGAACUAUCCUAAAACCAACAUGACAUCUUUUUUCUCCUUGACUGGUGGAUCCUUUCCUAGAACCCUCUGAACAUUUUUGGAGUCUAACACUGUCUGGAGAGUGGUAACUAAGCUGAACAUCUUAACACUCCUCUGUUGUCGUCAAGGAUGCGACCAAACAUCCCGCUCUGAGAGGAGUUCAUAAGUCUGUGGCACUUUUGAAUCCUUAAAAGGGCGUGUAGGUUUAAAAGCUGCUGGCGCUCCUAAAUGAAGAAAUUCUCCAUGUUAAAAUGAAGAAAAUAUUUCCAAGAACUGUUGUUAAUUGUGUCAUAAUUAAAGUUUAUUUAUAUUUUGUAAUAGGAUGUCUGAUUUAGUGUUUCGCUCACUGAGAUUUAUGCUGAAAGCCUGACUCACUACACUUGAAACUCGCUGCCAAGAAUGAGAGAAUGUGUGUUUGUGUGCAUGUGUGUGUUUGAUUGCAACUCAUUUGUUAUACGCAUUUUAUACCUGUACUGAGACCAACUUGAGGAUCCCCUGUAUUUAAACAACUGUAAAAUUUGAGGGAUGUCAGUAAUUUGACUGGAACAUGAAGCCAUUUUAGGGUCAUAAUUUUAUGGGUUUUAGUUUCUUCUCUCUGAUUGUUUUUCAGUUGUAGAAUUUGGAUCUUUUUCUGUAAAGGGAGCAUCUUCUAGAAAUGUCAAUCUUCAUCGUGCAUUUUAAUUGAGGACUGUGGCUAAGAUGAUCUAUUUUUCAUAUAAAAAUGAGUACAAAUGGGUAUAAGCAAAGUAGUCUAAUUAACAUACGUCAAUAAUUUUAAUGAAGGUUAACUUUGGAAUCAUAGAAAUGGCUUUUACAAUCUGGAAAUAAACAGUGACUUAGCAAAGUCACCCAAAUACUUAGUAAAACAGUCUUUAAAAUGGUUCCUCUGAGACAUGCCCUAUAAUAGCUAUUCAGUCUUCUGUCUCUCUUUUUUUCUGGUUAAGUGUACACUAAGGAGAAUAAAUCUUUGCAAGGUCUCUUUAAAUCCUCUGUAAAUAAGGUUAAUUUCUUAAAGUGGCUAGAGCAAUCAAGCUGGUCUACCUGUAAAGUGCCACCCUUGUUCUUUGUAAUGGAAUAAAAUGCUCGAAUCAUGUUGCAGAAAUGCAGAUGACAAAAUCAUAGCACAUUUAGAUCCUGACCAGAACAGCAUUUUAAUCCCUACAUUUAAGCUUUGUACUAUAUUGACUGAAUUACAUCUGUCCAACUUUAUUAGAGAAAGCUUACACACUUGAUAACUUUUUUUUGCAGAACGCAGUAUUGCAUUUUAAAUCGUAACCAGCGGAGCAGCACACUUUGCUAUUAAGAAGGAUUUACAUUUAAAGUAGCUAUAAAGCAAACAUUAAGCUUUGGUUAAGAUCUUAGAACCAUUGUUGUUCUGCCUAUGAUCUCUAAGAGGAUUCUUUUGAUAUCUCUUGGAAAGUCUGGCUAUGAGCAGUAUGCUGCUCUUUGGCUAUGGGUCUGAAACUUGCUUAAGUGUGUGCCUGAACACAGAAGGGUGUGACAAAUAUAUGCCAAAUUAUAGGCAGACUGUACUGACAUUUCAAAAAUGGCUUAUGCCUGGAAAAAAAAUACUACCUGCCUGAUCUCUGGUUUGUCAGAACAGAUUUUCUUCUGAUUUCUGGUAUGUCAUUUCACUUUCCGUAAGCUUUAUUUAAACACAUGACACUUGGUAAAUUUUGUUUCUGAGUGUACAAUGCAUUCAUGCUGUCCAACCUUUUCUAUUCCCCUUUUUAAAUAGUGAGUCUCCAUGGUUUGGAAAUCACAUAAAAACUUGUCUUAACAGAAAAUUAGAAUGUUUUUUUUUUCUUUAAUUAUAAAAAUUAUGGUUGCAGAGUAAUGAGUCACCUACAUACUUAUGAUGGCAUAUUGUUCUUUUAAUUAAGUUUCAGUAAAUCAACUUACAAGAGAACUCAACAUUUAUCACUCUGUAUCUGCAUUGUAUUUAAAAGAUUAAGAACCCAUAUUAUGAACCACAACUGGAAAUGGCUCUAAAUUCCUAAAUCAUACUGAAGGUGACCUGACACAAAUGAAUCUCUUCAUGAAAACACCUGGUGAUCAAUAUCACAAAGGAUCACUUGGUUACAUAAGAUGCCACUCAGUGGAAUUUAUUUUUAUUGCACUAAAUGAUGUAUCUGCCUUUUGAUUAUUUUGUUAUAAUAAAACUGGUAUACUAAUGUUAAGUUGUACUAUAGAUUGAUAAUAAACUUGAGUGAAAGUGUUUGCUA